AGGUAUUUAGGUUAGGUUUUAGUUAGGUUUUAGGUGUUUCCGCGCAAUAAUUUUGAUGGAUAUAUGCUUUUUAGAUCAUAAUUAACUAUUAUCUGUUGAAAAAAAUCAAAAUUUUUUAAUGUGCGUAAACUCCGGAUAGGCCGUGGUUGUCAUCGUCGGCUGUGAACAAAGUGUGUCCCGAAUGUCGACAAUCGCUGAUAACACGGAAACGCAAAACUAGGCAACCGGUAAAUGCCGUAGAAAUUGUACCGAAAGUUUGGGUCGAAAGGAAUCGUACACUCAAUAACAUUGUCGGCACAUUACGGAUCCGAUGCGACUAUCACUGGAACGGGUGUCAAGUGGUAGUACCGUUGGACUCGCUCGUUGCCCAUGUAGGCCAAUGUCCGUAUCGACUAUGUCAGACAUGUGGCCAUAGCAUUGGCCAAUCGGUAGACGAUCAACACAAUUGUGUUGUUGCGCUCAAAGCAGCGGUCGCCGAGAUGACCAACCAGUGUAAGAAAUUGUCGGAUAAAAACAGUCAACUACGGCGACAAUUGGACGCAUACAGUAAGCAGAGGAUAAACAAUACAACCAACUGUCAACCAGAGACUAAGCCAGUAAUUGAUGAAAAUGGUUGUGUUGUUGAUGAUAAUAAUGAUGAUGAUAAUCAUCAACAAACACCAUCUACAUCGACACCACAGUUUAUCUACAACUAUAAUCACCCGAUGACAUUGGACGCCGUUAUGUUUGGCACCUAUCGGAUACUGGCCGACAUCCGUUCAAUGACCUGCAAGUUUAAUGUCGAUUAUAUUGAAUUAGUGAAUAUCGUUUCACAACAACAGAUACAGUGGUCCGGUUCGCACUACUGGUCACAAAACAAUAAUGGAUUUUAUCUGCCAAUACAUUAUCGGCAAAUACAGAAACUUAUGUAUGAUAAUACAGACCAUCAAUUGUGGCAACUGUUAGUCCUAUCGGUCGACAGAGUGGCCUACGAUAUGGUGAAAGACUGGAUGCGCUUUAAUGAUCAAAGCACCGGCCGAUUUGACACAGAGUCUAAUGAUAUCCGGGAACGGUAUAUAAUACUUAAGUUUCGCAAUAGAUUGACUGCUAAUAAAAUUGAUUCAUUGAAUCAAUUGAUACAACGAAACAAAACCGGGAACGGCAGUCAGUGUGUCUGUCAGCCCAUUACCGAUGAUAUCAGACAUCAUAUUUACAAUACAAUGAUGUAGU